GUUAUCAAGUAAAAAAAUUUGAGUUUAAUAACAACCUAGAGACAUUGAAGGCCUGUUAUGAAACGGAAUGAGACGUUGAGUAUUGAGGUCAGAAUAAAAGAUCGUCGCCGGGAACAGAAGAUGUCCGGAAAUAUACCGGGUGCCGCGAAAUAAGUGGUUUUUGGAUCUACGAUGGGAAAGAUGAGACAAUGGAGGGAACAUGGGACUUUCGUCGACUUGAAUUAAAGGUGAGGGAAGUUGCAAUUCAAAUGACGGUGUCUCAGAUCUCCGAUACGGAAAGAUGGGAUCCACAACGGCGGGAAGCGGUUCAGAAGACGAGGGGGCAACAAAUACGUCCGGACACUCGGAGAGCGACAACUGCAAGAAAAAACAUAGGAGGAACCGCACAACGUUCACUACCUAUCAACUGCACGAGCUGGAGAGAGCUUUCGAGAAAAGUCACUACCCUGAUGUUUACAGUAGGGAGGAGUUAGCCAUGAAGGUUAAUCUACCAGAAGUUAGAGUGCAGGUUUGGUUCCAAAAUCGUCGUGCAAAAUGGAGGCGACAAGAGAAAAUGGAAGCCGCUCGUUUAGGUUUAAGUGAGUACCACGCUGCUACCCUCUCAAGAGCGGCAGGUUCCAGUCUGACUCUCCCUAUGGAUCCCUGGUUGUCGCCCCCUCUUCUUUCUGCUCUCCCUGGAUUUUUAAGUCAUCCGCAAACCGGUUAUCCUAGUUAUCUUACGUCCCCGGUUGCUUCAGAUCCAGGAAGGCCGCCGAUGGCUCAUACGCACCAUCAUUCACCUAAUACACCUCCUGAUCUUCGGACGACCUCUAUAGCUGCGCUUCGUCUUAAAGCAAAAGAACACGUCGAAAAUAUAACCAAAGGUCUACAAAUGGUUUAAUUUAGACGGGUAUUAGGUAGUUAAUUGCCUACUGACUGCGCCAAUUUCAAAACAUAAACGAGAUUUUUUAGUUCGGAAAAAUAAUACAUUUUUCCUGGGGUAGGUAAAUGUUAAACGAGCUUUCAAAAAUAGUUACCAAUAAUUGAAAUAUUUUUUUAUUCGUUAAUUAAGUCUAAUUUUUGAUUAUUUUAAACUAAUAAAAUUUGCAACCGAUAAGUUCUACCUCGGGUACUAAUGCGUUAGGAUAUAGAUAACAGGUAAAAAUAAAUAUGGCAACAAUGACAGGCAGUUACAUAAAUUUGAUUAUUAAUUUGUAGAAUUCAAGUUCUUUUAAAUGGUAAUGCUCAAAACUGAAUUUUUUUAAAAACAAUUUCUAAAUAUUUUAAAUUAAAAAAAAACUAUAUAAAUCUGAACAUAAAGAAUGUUUAUGUAUGUACAUACUAUUGUAUAUUAUAAUGUAUUUAUUUUGUUGGACAUUUGUGAUGAUGGGUGUUGAUGUUAUCACUUGUAGUAUAGAUUAAAUUAUACUGCCCAUUUGUAAAUAAUUUAUUUCUCUCAUUAAGUGUAAUUAUGCUUUAAUUUAAUUUUCGUACUAAAAUAUAAACAAAUCCUUAUUAAAAUGAAUUUUCCUUCUGUUGAUUACAUCACCAUUAUUAACAGGUCUAUUAUGGAAUACCUAAAUAGGUACUCUAUACAAUAUUGCAAAUUGACUCUCUGGAUCUUCCUCUACACUUCUUAAAAUUCGCUCUUCAAUUGCUAGUGCACGCACUGUAACAUUACGGCCGCGAUCAUGGUUCCUGUUACUAAAUGAACCUUCGUCUCUCGACAAAAAAUAAUUUUUCAUAAUAAAAUUUCUUCGACAUUGAAAAUAUUUUUUUUCUUUAGUGUUUAUGAGUUUUUUGGGAGGUUGAUUAGUUUAACACGUCACAAUUUUCAUAAAUUUAUGUUUAUUAAUCUGUGAGAUACCCAUCAAAAAAUAAGUAAUUUUUCUUUUCGUUUUUCAACUACAGGUUUACCAAACUCUUUGCCUUCAAUUUUCUCGAGAACGGUUGCUUUAAGCGACUUGCAAUAAGAGUAAUUUUUUAUGGAAAAAGUUUUUAAAAAAUAGACCCACGUUGUAAAAAAAUCAACCUCUAAAAAGUUAAUCAUAAAUCGACCCCUUAACCCUUGCAAGAACUACCCUUUCUGAUUAAAUAAGUAAUUUUUCGAUAUUACCAUUGGAUUCAGCAGUAAAUUUUUAUGUCAGCAGUGAUUUUUUUUCGAAGUUUUAUCGUGUUUUUAAGCUUACAAUUUCAAAAAACUACUUUCCAAGUUUGCCCUUUUGACUCCCCUAAAUCCCUUAAUAUGCAUUUAACGACCCAUAGUUAUAGGAACUUUUUUUUACUAGUUUUAGGAGUACUAUCACCUCCUGAAUUUUUUUACACUAUUUCAAUGACAACCUGUAUAAUUCACAAAAUUUAUCUCCCC